CCAGCUCGCCAUCUGAGCUGCGCUGUCCUGACGCCACUAGCUAGGCAGCGAUAUUGUCCCUUAAAACAACGUUCGUAAUUUUUAGAAAGGUAGUUGAUCGGAGGUCAAGAAAACAGCUGCCUCUAUCCCUUGGGAGUCAAGACCGGAGACAACAGGAAGAUGUUUGCACAGACCACAGCCCUGCUGGGCCUCAGCCUGGCACUGGUAGUGAGUGCCAUCCCAGUGCAGCAGUCUGAGACUGGGAAGAACUGGGUGCUGAUUGUGGCUGGAUCCAACGGCUGGUACAACUACAGACACCAGGCUGAUGCUUGCCACGCUUACCAGAUCGUUCAUAAAAAUGGCAUUCCUGAUGAGCAGGUUGUUGUGAUGAUGUACGAUGACCUGGCAGACAAUGAGGAUAACCCCACCCCUGGAAUAUUGAUUAACAGGCCUAAUGGGACUGAUGUGUAUAAGGGAGUCCCAAAGGACUACACCGGGGAUGCGGUUACCCCUGAUAACUUCUUGGCUGUACUGAAGGGUGAUGCAGCCAGUGUCAAGGGAGGCUCUGGGAAAGUGCUGAAGAGUGGACCUGAUGAUCAUGUGUUUGUUUACUUCACUGAUCACGGAGCUCCAGGACUCCUGGCUUUUCCAAAUGAUGACCUCCACGUCAAGGACCUUAUGGAGGCCAUUAAAUACAUGCAUGAGAACAACAAAUACAAGAAGAUGGUGUUCUACAUUGAGGCAUGUGAGUCUGGCUCAAUGAUGAACCACCUUCCCCCCAACAUUGAUGUGUAUGCCACUACAGCUGCCAACCCCCAUGAGUCUUCAUAUGCAUGCUAUUAUGAUGAGAAGAGGGACACUUACCUGGGAGACUGGUAUAGCGUGAACUGGAUGGAAGAUUCUGAUGUGGAGGACCUGAACAAAGAGACCCUGUUGAAGCAAUUCAAAAUUGUGAAGAGCCACACUAACACCAGCCACGUCAUGCAGUAUGGAAACAAGACUCUGGCCCAUAUGAAGGUGAUGGAAUUCCAAGGUAACACUAUGGCUAAUGUCAAGCCUGCUCCCCCAAUGACCCUGGCACCUGUGGAAGAGCCCCACCUGACCCCCAGCCCAGAUGUCCCCCUGGCCAUCCUCAAGAGGAAAUUGAUGGCCACAAAUGAUAUUGCCAUUUCCAGGGGCUACCUGAUGGAGAUCAAUGCUCACCUCAAGGUGAGGGAGGUGCUGAGGAAGACCAUGCAGAGGGUGGUGGAGACGGUGACUGGCGAUGCAGACCAGGCGAAAAAGGUCCUCAGUGACCAGCAGGACCUCACCCAGCACGAGUGCUAUAAAGCAGCAGUGCACCACUACAAGACGCGCUGCUUCAACUGGCACACGCCUGAGUAUGAGUAUGCCCUGAGACAACUCUAUGCUCUGGUUAACCUGUGUGAGGGGGGAUACCCAGCUGACAGGAUCCUGCAGGCGAUGGACAGCGUGUGUUACUUCAGGGUGUAGACGGACCUCUGUCGGGACAGAAUCACAGAACCGAGAUCGGUCUGCACUGCCUGCAGCGAGGGGGGCUGCAUGGGCAAACUUGCUCUUUGCACUGAUUAGCAAUCAACUUUUAAAGUGAUUUUUUUAUCACAUUUUUUAUCUUUGUUUUGUUUUAUUAGACUAAUUUUAAUGUCAAUUUCACUACUUCAGUGCAAGAAUUUCCGUUGAAACAAAUGAUCUGCAACAAGAUUUUUUUUUUUUUUUACCCACACACUUACAGUUCCUAAUGAAACCACGCCUUACUGGCAGAUUUUGAGGGACCCAAUCCUUCAUGUCUUGAACACUUUGGGGUCCCUGAGCUAUGCAGGAGUGUGGAGUGUCCAUGUAAAGGGUUUAGGGGUUGAGUCUCAGUGCAUUGAUGCAGCAACACACUGCUUCCCAUUUUAGGAGACGCAGAAGAGUCCAAGGCCUGGACACUACCAAUCUUUGAUGCCUCUGUUUUAUGUACCUCACAUCUGUGACGUACUUGCUGUCUAUUUCCCACUACUCCAGGGUGUUAGUCUUCUGUGUAAAUUUGUUUCUGCCUUACUUUGUUGAGUUAGGCUUUUUAGCUCACUGCUAUAUAGGGGAAAAUAAAGUCAUUUUGUCCUUGGAAAAAUUAAUGCGAAUGUGUGUGUUGGAUUGACAUCACACAGAAAAGUGAUGUUUACUGCUGCUUGUGUUGCCAGCACAGCACUACUGAGGAAUGGUAUGAGGCCCCCUCUCUGCCUCUGUACCACCUAUACAGGCAAAGGUCCUGGUAGGAAGGAAACAGAGGAAAUGGCUGAGGAUUUGUUUCUGUGUUAUUUUAAAUGCAAUUACAAAAGCUAAAUGAGAGUCCGUGUAAAGUGAUGGAAUGAAAACAACACAAGAUUUUUUGUGAAUUCUGUUAAGGUAGCUAGGUCUUGAUAAUCAAUAAACUGAAACCAAA